UCUAAUUUUUUUUAGGGAAAUGGAAAUGCUCUUUUGGAUUUUCGAUAAAUAAUUAAAAUAUUUAUUUAUGAUAUUUUUUUUAAUAAACUUUCUUCCCUAUAAAUUUGACUCUAUGUUAAUAUCGUUGGUCUGGCAUAUUUUGUACACUGUUUUUCACUUUAGUCUCUACCUUGUGCACUAUUUUAGCUGAUUUUUGUUAUGUCAUAGAGUUAGAUAGAGAAAUCAGAGCCAUAGAUUUGUAAUCCUUUUUUCUCCUAUUAUAUCUAGCAGCAUCUAAGAGAUCUUUGGUUUUGAUAUCUCUGAGAAGGCAGAGGGGGCCUUUGGUGAGAGUGUUGUUGUUGUUGUGAUUCUCUGGUGGUGGCUUUGGUUGCGCUUUCGAAAGUUGAGGCUGAUUAGUGGAUUUAUGUCGGCUGAGUUUGAUUUGGCUUUGAUUGGGGCUCAGUUGCAGCUCUGGCUUUCAUCUUCUUCAAUUGUUUGUUAUCACUUGUUCACCACUGCUUUGUUGGUUUCUUCUUGCAUGAUUCUCUGCUUCUGCAGGCAGAGACUGAAUCUUGUGUUCCCGACUGUUUCGAUGCGUUUGAGAUCAAAAAGGACUUGUUCUGGAGUAGAGUGCUUUGGGGGGUUUCACAUAAAAGAACGAUUUUUCUAUCUGUUAUUGUUUCUGAGAGGGGCUCAUACUUGAUACUGCUUUGAUAGUCUCAGAUUUAGUUCCUUCUUAUUUCUCCUUGAUUUUGUUUUCAUAUUUGUCCACAAUUUUCCGGGUAGUUUUGAGGGGGGUUUUAGGUGAGUUUACCGGUUUUGCUGCUAAAAAUGCCAGAGUCUCGAAAACAAUCCAUGAAUCUAAAUAAAUCCUGCAAAAAGUCUAAAAAAAUCCUAUCAAUCUUGACUGAAGAAGAAAUCCAAAUGACUAGAAAAAUUCGAGUUAUCUUUCAUGAUCCUUAUGCCACCGAUUCAUCUUCAAGUGAAGAUGAAUCUGAGAGAACUGUUGCUAGAAAGGCCCCAAGGGGAAAGCGUGUUGUUCGUGAAAUUAAAGUUCCUGCUCCGGGUUUGGCUCCUCAGUCAAAACCCCUUGAAUCUGAGGGUUCUUCUCAAGACAGUAACUCUAAAACCCCUACUAGCAAGAAAAGGGUUUUGAGUAAAACCCUUGAAGACAAAGCUCUUGUGGCUAAAACCAAAAAACCUGUUGGUGUUCGUCAAAGGAAGUGGGGCAAAUGGGCUGCUGAGAUCAGGCAUCCCCUGAAGAAAACCAGGAUUUGGUUGGGAACUUACGACACCCUUGAAGAUGCAGCCAAGGCUUAUGACGCUAAAAAAUGGGAAGGCUACGCGGAUUGGAGGAAUAGACCUGCUUUAAGAGGCCGACACGGUGGCAUGCUUGCAGCCUCCUUUGUCUUGGUUGUGGAAGUGUUGGAGAACCUGGCGUACCUGGCAAAUGCCAGCAACCUGGUGCUGUACCUGUCAAAGCACAUGCACUUAUCUCCAUCCAAAUCGGCAAACAAUGUCACUAAUUUCAUGGGGACUGCCUUCCUUCUGGCAUUGCUUGGAGGCUGCUUAUCUGACGCUUUCUUCACUACUUAUCACAUCUACUUGAUAAGCGCACUCAUCGAAUUUCUGGGCUUGAUCAUUCUUGCCAUGCAAGCUCGGACGCCUUCCCUAAAGCCUCCAGAAUGCAAUCCGUCCACCCCCUCCAAUCCAUGCCAAGAAGUUGGUGGUGGGAAAGCAGCUAUGCUUUUCAUAGGCCUUUAUCUUGUGGCACUUGGUGUUGGAGGGAUAAAGGGGUCUUUACCAACACAUGGCGCUGAGCAGUUUGAUGAGAGUACCCCACAGGGAAGGAAGCAAAGAUCGACCUUCUUCAAUUACUUUAUCUUCUGUCUCUCAUGUGGUGCGCUUAUUGCCGUAACAUUUGUUGUGUGGAUUGAAGAUAAUAAGGGAUGGGAGUGGGGUUUUGCCAUCUCCACAGUUGCAAUAUUGUUGUCAAUCCCAAUCUUCCUCGUUGGCUCAACAUUUUACAGGAACAAAAUACCCUUUGGCAGCCCACUUAAAACCAUUAGCAAGGUUUUGGUUGCUGCUAUGCUGAAUAGUUGCAUGAGCAGAAGUCCACGCAAUGCAAUUGCUUACCUGGCCGCAAGCCCUUAUUAUCCAACUGAAACCAGCAAGGAAGCAGAAGACAAUGCGAAACAAAGUAAGCAGCCGGAUCAAAUCCCAACUGAAAGCCUCAAAUUUCUAAACAGAGCGGUGGUGAACAAGCCAGCUAACCCAGCAUUUGAAUGCUCCUUGCAGCAAGUAGAGGAAGUCAAGAUUGUGCUAAAAAUCCUUCCCAUAUUUGCUUGCACCAUUGUUAUCAACUGCUGCCUAGCUCAGCUCUCCACAUUUUCCGUUGAACAAGCUGCUACUAUGAACAGUAAGCUUGGUUCAUUGAAAAUCCCACCGGCAUCCCUGCCAGUUUUUCCUGUGGUCUUCAUCAUGAUCCUAGCCCCAGUUUACGAUCACUUCAUUAUCCCAUUUGCUCGGAAAGUAACAAAAACCGAGAUGGGAAUCACUCAUUUGCAACGAAUUGGAAUUGGUUUAUUUCUUUCCAUUAUAGCCAUGGCAGUGGCAGCUCUUGUUGAAAUUAAGCGAAAGAGAGUGGCAACUGACUCAGGGCUGCUUGACUCUACCAAUCCAUUACCCAUUACAUUUUUUUGGAUUGCUUUGCAGUACUUGUUCCUGGGGUCAGCGGAUCUUUUCACCUUGACAGGGUUACUAGAAUUUUUCUUCACUGAGGCGCCCUCAAGCAUGAGAUCGUUGGCUACAUCUCUUUCCUGGGCUUCCCUGGCAAUGGGGUAUUAUUUAAGCUCGGUAAUUGUAUCAAUAGUAAAUAACCUGACUGAUAACUCAGGGCACAAGCCAUGGCUCUCUGGUCAUACAAUAAAUCAUUACCAUCUGGAGAGAUUCUACUGGCUUAUGUGCGUUCUUAGCGCAUUAAAUUUCUUGCAUUACCUUUUCCGUGCCAUGCGCUACAAAUACAGAUCAGCAGGACCUACCAAGUAAAACAACCAGGGGCAAGUCUGCGGUUGAUUUGUUCUGCUCAAGCAAUUGGCUUGAUUAAGUUAAAUGUCGCAUCUCGGUAGAGAAAGAAUUCAGACCAAUGCUGCAAUACAAACUUCAGCCCGAUGCUAUCCAAUUGCCAAUUACAUAAAAGCCAGACUCAGUACUUAUCAAAUAUUGUUGUUAAGCCAGUAAAUAGGCUACUAUUUCAAAUCAGUGAUGGCUAUCGCAUCUGAUAUUUUUGCUUACUAGAUAUUUAGCUUUCCCUGUUGAGCCUUGCGUUUGCUGCUCUUUGUUUAGCCUGUUUGGUUAGUUUUAUUCUCGAUUCUGGUUUGUCUUUAGCUUCCUUUAUACCAGCCUUGGCUGUUAAUAAACUUGAUC